CGUUAUAACCAUUACAAUGGUUGGUGACGGUUUCGGUGGGGUUCACCCUAUCCCUGUGAGGUUGGGAGAAGGCGGAACAAAGUAGGUGAUAUGCAACCGUGCUCUGACUCGAAAAGUAAGCCUCCAAGCAGAGGUAAAACUUUCGAAAACCCUCGCAGAGGUCGGAAGAGCCCUUCUUCCUUCUCGCUAAAAGGAUGGCGCCGCUUCAAAGGAGGCUCUUUUACGUUCUCCCCUCCUAUUCUAUUGCUCUCAAAAAUGCCUUCUUCUCUUCCCGACAUCACCAUCUCUUUCCCUUCUCUACUGCUACAAUCCAAAAUCCAUCCUCCGCACCCCCAUUCUUGGUGCAAUAUCUCAUCAAUUCAUGUGGGCUUUCGUCGGACGAAGCGGCGGAAGCAUCGAAACACAUCGCGCACCUCAAAUCCCCUUCCAAUCCCGAUUCCGUCCUUCGUUUCCUAAAGCAGAGCGGUUUCACCGAUGCCCACAUCCGAAAGUUGGUAUCUUUGCAUCCCAGAGUCCUUUGUUCCAAGGUGGAGAAAACCCUCGAUCGCAAGUUCAGGGCGUUGCUGGACAUGGGUUUGCCCGAAGCAGCAAUGGUUCAGCUGGUCUCAUCGGUGCCAAAGACCAUCCAGAUUCACGAUCCGCGGCCCAAGAUCGAGUUUUGGACGUCUCUGAUUGGUACCCAAGAGAACCUCCUCAAAGCCCUAAAGAGGAACCCAAAACUUCUCAGCUGCAGCCUCGAAAACAGGAUCAUGCCCAAUAUUUCUUUUUUGCGGGAUUGCGGCAUUUCCGACCGCCGGAUUGGAAAGAUGGUGCUAAAUUUUUCGAGAUUCAUCACCAUGAGUCUCGAUUCAUUGAAGGUUGUUACUAAACGUGCAGAAGAAUUAGGGAUCCCCCAUAGUUCUGGUAUGUUCUGGCAGGCGCUCUCUGCUGUUCUUUGCAGCAAUAGAACUGCGGUGGAUGCGAAGUUCAGGCUCUUGAAGAGCCUGGGGUGGUCGGAAUCCGAGAUUGCCUCUGCAGUCUGCAAGACCCCGAAGUUGUUGAAUUGUUCUGAGAAAAGCAUACGUGCCAAGAUGGAUUUUUUGACCAAAGAAGCUGCGCUUGAGCCCUCAUAUGUUGCCUCCUGCCCAGUACUCCUCAUGUGCAGCUUGGAGAGGAGAUUGAUUCCCAGGAAUCAUGUGCUGAGGAUUCUCAAGUCGAAAGAAUUGCUGGAGGGAGGACGACACUUUUAUGCUGCCAUUGUGUUAAGAGAGGAGAAAUUCCUGAAGAAGUUUGUUCUUCCGAAUGAGAAGAAGAUCCCAGGCCUUUCUGAAGCUUAUUUGGCUGCUUGUGCUGGGAAAGGUCCUAUUGCUUACACCUUUUGAAGAAGAUACUGUCAGGUUUCUUAUUUCUUGUUAUCCUCUGUAAGCUUCACUAGUUUUUUUCUGUCUGAUACUUCUAUUGAUGAGUUGAAAUAUUAUGGUGAUCCUGAGAUCUUUGAUUU